AUGUCGAAUAUUGUGGGUAUUGAGUAUAAUCGUGUUACUAAUACGACUUCGAAUGACUUUCCAGGUUUUGCUAAGGAUCAAGAUGCUGCCUGGGACGUUGAAAAGUUUAAAAAAACGUUCGAUGUCAAGAUCUCUUCAUUAGAUGAAAGAGAGGCUAACUUCGAUUUGAUUCACAUAGAUACCUCCAUCGCCAAUGCAUUUCGUCGUAUCAUGAUUUCAGAAGUUCCAUCGGUAGCCGCUGAAUACGUUUACUUUUUCAACAACACAUCAGUUAUCCAAGAUGAAGUAUUGGCACACAGAAUUGGUCUUGUUCCUUUGAAAGUUGAUCCAGAUAUGCUUUCUUGGAUUGAUAACUCUUUGCCAGACGAAGAAAAGUUUACUGAUGAAAAUACUAUUGUUUUGACGCUUAAUGUCAAAUGUACAAGAAACCCUGAUGCUCCAAAGGACUGUACGGAUCCAAAUGUUUUGUACCGUAGCGCUAAUAUUUACGCCCGCGAUCUCAAAUUUGAACCUCAAGGUAAGCAAUUAGAGGCCUUCGCAAAGUGUCCAGUUGUACCCGCGGACCCUGAUAUUUUGCUUGCUAAGCUAAGACCGGGUCAGGAAAUAUCAUUAAGAGCUCACUGCAUUUUAGGUAUUGGUGGUGAUCACGCCAAGUUUUCUCCUGUCUCGACCGCUUCUUAUAGGCUGAUGCCUCACAUUCAAAUCACAAAACCUAUUCAGGGUGAAUCUGCCGAUAGGUUCGCAAACUGUUUCCCUGCUGGAGUUAUUGGUAUUGAUGAGAAACAUGAAGCUUAUGUAAAGGAUCCCAGAAAGGAUACAGUCUCAAGAGAGGUUUUAAGACAUGAAGAGUUCAAUGACAAGGUCAAGUUGGGUAGGGUAAGAGAUCACUUUGUUUUCAAUGUUGAAAGCUCAGGCGCGAUGACUCCGGAAGAGAUUUUUUUCAAGAGCGUAAGAAUUUUGAAGAACAAAGCAGAGUACCUCAAAAACUGCCCUAUUUCCCAGUGA